CGAGCGGCCUGGUUGUCAAGGCUUCGGUGGCUCCAUUCACCAUUUUGCGACUGUAGCGUAGAAUGUACAGAGGCAGGAGUUUUUUGUCCUCCUCAUUUUUAAGUUGUCUCGCCGGAGAAACAUGAGCGACGACUGACUGGCACCCGCGGACGACUGGAACCGGCCUCCCUGCCCUAUUUUCACUCGCGGACUUGGCAGCAUUUAGAUAAGUACAGCUGGGCCAGCUUGACGUUAGCGCAUUUGUGAAAUACAAAAGCAGCAAGUUGCGAUGAGAGUGAGCAGCCCAUGCAGAAGACGUGACUAGAGGGCCGAGAAGGAGGGGGCAACAAAGACUAGCUUGAUGACAAGAUGAAGCCAAUAAAAAAGCAGGGCCGGCGUUCCCCCCCCUCCACCCGGGCCAAAGGGGUGAAGCGCCGUGGAGCGGGUGAGGCUACUGAAGGAGGGGAGAAAAGAGAUUCGGACGAAAACCUGCAAAGCCAAGAUCCCUUCUCUUUUUCAUCCCACUCGGAGUCCUCUGACCCAAUCAGAAACCGGGACUCUUCAGACGGUGAAUCGCUUGUCAUGGACUCUGGGAAAGAUGAUCGACCGGCGCGUUCAGCAUUGAGUCACAGCGACAGCGGCGGGAGCAGCUGCAGUAACAGCAGCACGCCGAGCGCCAACAGCAGUCCUAAUCCCACAUCCAGUCGCAAAACCGCCACCUUCAAGGCCCGCAUUCCCAAAAAGAAAUACACAUCAGAACACUGCUCAAUCACUGCCGCCGGUAGCCAUAGCAACCCUGGAUCCACCACGCCCCCUCCUCUUCUUCUGAGUGGUGGAGCCCUCACCCAAGGGUCAUCAUGUUCAGGUAGUCCUGACGGCAGCAGUCAAAGUCGCAGCCUGAUGGCGGACUUCCACGGCUUGACCACCAGCAGGGAGCCACCUCAGGAGGUUUCCCCGGGAGCACCUAUCCUGCCUCUGCGAGGGGAGAGGCCAGGAGGGGUAGAGAUGGCCAGGGAUUCAGAGCGAGUGUCACCCAGUCCACUGCCUCGCUGCUCUUCCACGGACACUGCAAGUGAGCACUCAGCAGACCUGGAGGUAGUGGCAGACGUUUCCCCACACCCAUCCUCCACCCUGCCCGAUGCUCUCUCCGACGCUCUGGCCAAAGGACUCAAGAAUCAGCGAGUCCUUGCCCGACAGCUCAUGAGAAGAAGUGAGAAGGAUGGAGGAGGCGAAAGGAGGAACAAGGAAAGGACUUUGGGCUUGGUGUUUCGUGCCGGUGUGGUCCGUAAAGUCAACGGUGAAUAUGGAAGCCUGGAGGUGCAACUAAAUGGGGAAAAGGCACUCUGCCGUUAUCCAUAUAGACACAACAGUCCUCCAGGGGUCGUAGAUAUCAUUCUGGAUGCCCCCCCGCCUGGUGUUGACCCGAUAUCACUCGGCACCCGCGUCUGCGUGCCCUUCAGCAAUGACAAAGGUGGCGAAGGCCAGUGGUACCAGGAAGGCGUGGUGACUCAGGUGGACACUCACCCAGCGGUGGCUAAUUGCUACCGUGUCCUGUUGUCUGAUGAAAGAGCUGCCAAUGCAGAUGAGGAUGGCAGGGGUGCAGCCGGUGCAAUGCAAGCCGUGUGGGUGUCCAGACAAACACUCCGGCUCCUGGUGCCACCUUGGGACCUGGACUUACCAUCAAGGGAGGCAGCAGAGGGCACACGAGAUAACGAAAGGGAGCAGGAGGACAGGGAUGAGAUGGACGUGGAGCAGGAGGUGUGUCGGUUGAGCCGGGGUAUGACGCCUGGUGUGGGUUCUGUGUUGGGAAGGGUGUACCCUUGCAUGGCUCCUGUGUCCUCCACAUCAGGACACGGCAUUACCACUCCAAUCACUCCAACCUCUGUCCUCAGCCUGGCUCCAGGGCGGGAGUGGGACAUUGACAAAGACUUUGCAAGGGAGAGGGACCUGCAGAGAAAGCAGGAACGAGAACGGGAGAAAAGUGCGAAGCAACAACAGCAACAUCAUUCCUACAUGCCGCUCACCCCAGAGGAGGACAUGGAGGUGUCCCACUUCAACAUGGUGCCAAUGGGGGCCAUUAUCCCGGGGGCCAAACCCAUGGCACUGCCUCAACACCGCCACAUUGUCUCUAAGCCCCCUCCUGGCUACCUCAAUCCCCACCUGUCUGUGGUGCAGGGCAUUGGAAUCCCCUCCAGCCACCUUACCCUGAACCCUCACCCCCCUCCUUCCCCUGUCCUGCUCGGCCUCGACCCGGCCGUAGCAGCCGCAGCCGCUAGUGCUGCUGUCAUUUCCACACCCCAGCUCCCGCCCCUUCCACCUAUAUCCUCCUCGAGCACAUCCUCCUCCAGAUUGGAGAAAGCAUCAGGAGGUGGCUCCUCUGGUGGAGGGGGUGGUGGAUCUGGGUCAGGUUCCACUUCUUCCUCCUCUUCACGUUCACGCACCCCACUGACAGCUGCCCAGCAGAAGUACAAGAAGGGAGAUGUGGUUUGCACGCCUACGGGCAUCCGGAAGAAGUUCAACGGUAAGCAGUGGAGGAGGCUGUGCUCCCGGGAAGGCUGCUCCAAGGAGUCACAACGCAGAGGAUACUGCUCAAGGCACCUGUCCAUGAGGACCAAGGAGAUGGAAGCCAGUGGAGGCAUCCGGGAGCGAGGAGGGGGUAGUAGCACAGGGACCUUGACGCCAUCUGAUCUCCGACUAAGCGGGGGCCGAGCCAGCUCUGAGUUUGACUGGGAUGAGACUUCCCGGGAAAGCAGUGAGGCCAGCAGCCGCGGAGGAGAUUCCCGUCCCCGCCUGGUCCUUCCUUCCCUUCUUCCCCAAGACCUUUCUCGCUUUGACUUUGAUGAGUGUGAGGCAGCAACCAUGCUAGUCUCCUUGGGGGGUUCCCGUUCAGGCACGCCCUCUUACUCGCCCAUCUCCAAUCAGUCGCCUUUUUCUCCGACCCCGUCACCUUCUCCCUCCCCGCACUUCGGCUUCCGCCCAGCAAAUUUCAGCCCCAUCACCGCGCCCUCUUCACGCCGCCACCGCCAGCUGAGUGGCACCAAAUUGGGCACGUUAGGCACAGAACGAGAGCGCCACCUCUCAGGCAUUGUGCCCACUUUUCAGACCAACCUCACUUUUACGGUGCCCAUGAGUCCCAGCAAGAGGAAGCUUGACACCCAUCCCCCUCCUCCACUGGCAGCAGUCCAGGACUACCAGAACAAACCUGAUCAACAGGGGGUGGGGGAUCUGAAUCUUGGCCCUGCUGCCUUCAGAGUCCUUUCUCCCCAGAGUCAACCCACAACCCCAUCCUCGCUGAUUUUCCCCCGGCCACGCAGCGCCACCAGCCGGCCGCCAUCCUCUGCAGCUUCAACACCCCCACCCAUGCUGGUCUCCCCAACUCCCCCCUCCCCGCUGCCACAGGAACCUUCUCCACGCCGUAUCGUGCCCCUGCGGGACUCCCCAGUUAUUGUCCGCAACCCAGAUGUGCCCCUAGCCAAGUUCUCUGAGGGCCCCCUAGCAAGGCGGGAAAGGAGUCGGUCCAGGGAGCUCAGCCAGGCCCAACAUCCGACUCCUCCAGGCUUGCAGGUGCCUGUUCCCAUCAAUGGAGCUACCACUAAUGGCGCCGUUCUUCUGCGCAACCCUGGUUCUGCUCUGGUCCUGGUCACCUCCAGCUCUUCCCUGACCCCAGCCUCAGCAGGCCACGUCGCCCUUUCCAGCUCCUCUGCCCCGGUCUCAAUGUCAACCACCACGGGUCCUAUCCUGUCCUCAUCAGGAUCCGGGAGCCGGGAGAGCAAACCCGAAGCCAGCGUUGGUGCCCUGCCCCAGCCGGUUGCCUGCCACCCCACACCUACGGCUUUGCUGCCGCUCAUAUUGCCGGCCGAGUCUCCUCACCCUGCUCCACGCAAGCAAAUCAUCAUGGGACGCCCUGGCACAGUGUGGACCAACGUGGAGCCUCGCUCCGUGCCAGUGUUCCCUUGGCACUCGCUCGUCCCUUUCCUGGAGCCCAGCCAAUCAGGAGCAGCCGCCCAGCCCGCCGACGGCCAGCAGUUUGUCAAUCAGAGCCAUGAGCCUCGAUGCGGCGUGGCCCUGGUGAGCGACGGGUGCCCUCGCCCACCAGACCUGGAGAGGGGAUCCCCGUCACGCCAGCCUCCCACCAAUGACAACCCUCACACGGAGAGGGGCGGGGCUGACAGCGAGACGGAGAGCGACACGGAUGAUCCUUUCUCCCCUGGUGUUGGCGCCAAUGAUCCGGCGCCCUCGUCUGGCCCUGCAAAGAGACGCACGCAGUCCCUCAGCGCCCUGCCCAAAGACGGGGACAGGAAGAAGGAGAAAGACCACAUCCGGCGCCCCAUGAAUGCCUUCAUGAUCUUCAGCAAGCGCCACCGAGCCCUGGUACACCAGCGACAUCCCAACCAGGACAAUAGAACGGUCAGCAAGAUCCUGGGGGAGUGGUGGUAUGCUCUGGGACCCAACGAGAAACAGCAGUACCACGACUUAGCCUUCCAGGUGAAGGAGGCACACUUCCGAGCUCAUCCGGACUGGAAGUGGUGCAACAAGGACAGAAGGAAGUCUCUGUCUGAUGGCAGAGGGGCCGCCAAGGAACCGCGAGAAAGGAGCAUGUCCGAAAGUAUAGACACUCAUUUGGAAACUCAGGCGCUGGAGGGCAAGCUGGGAAACUCGGGAUGGACGGGCGGAGCAGACCUCCAUGGGGGGCCCUUUGGCGGGCAGCACCCCCGUCCCAGAGCGUUUUCCCAGAGCGCCGUGCACACCCUGGAGCAGAGGGAGCACGAGGGAGACCACGAGAAGGAGGACGGGCCAAGCUUUUUCCGGAACCAGCCUCUGCCACACGCCUCACACCAGGGCGGCGCCAGCGAGGACGUCACCAGCGAUGAGGAGCGCAUGGUCAUCUGUGAGGAGGAGGGGGACGAUGACGUCAUGGAGGAUUCGUGUCCUGAAGGCUCCAUUGACCUCAAAUGUAAGGAGAGGGUGACGGACAGCGAUGACGAACCUGAUGGGCAGCAUGGCUUCCAGCCACUCGCUCGCUCCUCCCUCCCCUCCCUCUCCCCUCCAACCCCCCAGGCCGACUCCAUUCCAGCUAAAAGGAGCGCAGGAGGAGAACGAGGUGCUGCUGAUGAAGAGUGUGAGAGGAAGAGAAAGAAGGAAGCAGGGGAGGAGGGAAGCACAGGAGGCUCCAUGAGAGGUGAAGCCGCAGGUGGAGGGGGUGGACAGGGUAUCACCUUCCUGCCCAUCACGGCCGGCACGCAGCCCCCACAGGGUGUGACCCAGUUUCUCAGUGCCACCCCCGCCACCGUGGCGAACGUGGUGCGACCCAUUGCCAGCACACCCCUGCCCAUCUCCAGCACACCCGUGGAGGGCGCCGUCACCCUCAGCUCCCCGCCUCAAGACAAGACAGCGACGCUGCUGAUUGGAGGAGGCCAGCAGCUGCCAAUCUCCACGGGGGGUGGGUACCUGUCCUCAACCUCCUCCCCCGGUACGGUCACUGUCGCUCCCACCUUGGCGGGCAGCAGCGUGGUUACUAGCCUAGUUUUGGGAGGCCCCUUGACACCCCCCCAGCCCUUGAGGCUUCAGCCCCCCCUAGCUGUAAUAAGACCCGCUGCCACCACCUCCCCCCUCGCUUUCGCCCCUGCUGGUUCCAAGCCGCUAGCGCAGGUCCAGUACAUCCUGCCCACCCAAAGCCCGUCCCCACCUCAGCUCACCCACCAGCAAAUGCUCUCAGUGCCCACUGAUGCCCCCCUGGCCAAUGGCACGCACUUGGGGGCAGGAGUGACAGCUGCGUCAGGAUGCAGAGCAGUUCAAAGCCAGCUGCCAAGCAAGAUGCUGGUUCCCAUGGCAACUGUCAGAGCGGGGUCCACACCUCCACAUCCUCCCAUCUCCUUGGUGGCCCCUCCUCUUCCUGUGCAAAACGGCCCCACCACAGGAAACAAGAUCAUUCAGAUCGCUCCCAUGCCUGUCGUCCAGCCCAACGUCCACACACAAGCAGUGCACCAUGGGAGCCCCUUCCCUGUUUCCAUGGCAACGGUGAUGGCUCCUGGUGCGCCUGCGCCCCCACAGACCGUUCUUCUGACCUCUCCACCCACCAGGAUCACCUACGUUCAGUCUGGCCCAAGCGCUACCGCGGCAAUGCCCCACCAAGCCCCGCCCCCUCCGGGUUCUACCUAUCUGUCAUCUCCUCUGACGACAUUAGGCUUCACAGCCGUCGCCCCAGGUGGGCAGACUCUGCUUCAGCCCGUCACCUGCCAGAACCACACGGCGUCCCCCGCUGGCCGUCAGGUUCUAACCGCCAUCUACCCUGCUCCAAUUGCUCCGCUGGCGCCAAGCGUGGUCGCCGUGACCACAGCGCCCUCUGCCGCCGACGCCCCAGACCAAGACAGUCCCAAGCCGAUUCAAGGCUCGGCAGCCAGUGUGGAGGUGGUCGACCAGAAGGUGGAUGUGAAGAAAGAGCUGGAUGCUCCUGCUGAGGAGGAGGAAGAAGGCCAACACACCUCCAGCUCUGUCGCCACCCCCGCAGAGGUCACGGCACAACAAGAAGAGGACGGCGCUCACGUCAUCAAGGAGGAGCGUGUCGUUGAGGAGGAGCAUGGCGGAGAGAAACAAGACCCGCUGGAGCAACGGAUAAAGGAUGGCCAUCAAGAUAAAAGAGGCGGAGAGAUGGAGACAGAGGAUCGAAGCAGUAAAGAGGCUGCACCUCAUACUCCUCCUUCACCAUCUUCAAGUGUGGACCUCCCUCCGCCCCCGCCCGCCGAAAGAGAGCCCGCUUCCUCCUCCAAGAGGAUCAAGUUCCGACCUCCACCCCUCAAGAAGUCUCCCGAUUCGCACGACAAGGUUUUGUCAGAGACGUACUUUGAGGAGCGUUUUGCUGAGCUGCCAGAGUUUAACCCGGAGGAGGUGCUGCCCUCGCCCACUCUGCAGAGUCUGGCCACAUCCCCUCGAGCCAUCCUGGGCAGCUACCGCAGGAAGAGGCGCAACUCCACGGAGCUGGAGCCGACCAUGGAGGACCCGAGCUCGCCGAGGAGGAAGACCCGCCGCCUCUCCAGCUGCAGCUCAGAACCCAACACCCCCAAGAGCGCCGCAAAGUGCGAGGGAGAGAUCUUCACCUUUGACAGAGCAGGUACCGAUGGAGAGGAUCUCCUGGGAGACUUGGACCGGGUGCCCUUCUCCUCACUGCGUAGGACUCUGGAUCAGCGCCGGGCUCUUGUCAUGCAGCUCUUUCAGGAACAUGGAUUCUUUCCCUCAGCUCAGGCCACUGCUGCCUUCCAGGCUCGCUAUGCAGACACCUUCCCCACCAAGGUGUGCCUGCAGCUCAAGAUACGCGAAGUCCGCCAAAAGAUCAUGCAGACCGCCACGCCGGGAAGCGGGGAACCCGGCGGCUCAUCCGAGGCCGGCCCCACCCCUUCUCAAAGCCCUGCCUUCAAUCCAUCAUCUCGGGAUGACGGAGGAGGUGCGGAGCAGCAAGAGGACAAAGGCCGACAGAGCCAGGAGGAGCCAAAAAGCGAAGGUUCAUAAGCCGGAUCUUACUCUACUCUGACCUGGCUGGAAGGUUAUCGGAAUGUGGUCUGGAAUGUUAACAAAAAAUUCUCAAUAUUCCCAUGAGGCUGAAGAAACGGACAAUCUUUACAGGAUAUUUUCACUUCUUGACCCAGGUCUGCCCUCAGCACAUUUGCACAGUAGUUUGUAUUUGGGCGCGAACUCUGUGCUACACACACACACACACACACGCAUACACACACAUACACACACAGUAUAAACCAUGGUGCAGGCAGGUGUAGUCUCCAGCAUGUACACACUUAACUAGUCAGACUGUUACUCUUACUCUUGAUUGGCUGCACCCAGGAGCUGCCACCAAGGACCCCCCCCCCACACACACACACACAUUUAAAGGCACUUUGUCACUUACCGUGCAGAUGCAGUUUGCUGUUGUCAGCCAGCCCUCAGUUGCCAUUGACUUGACCUCGUGAUCCUGCCACUCCUCAGCACAGUGGCCUGGACACAAAUCACAACCCCGACGACCUCCACUGAUAUUCCACAGCCCCUCGAUGCUGCAAGACAGACAGCGUGCACACACACACACACAUACACACACACGCAGGCAUGGACAGUGCAGUGUGUAUGCACACAAAGCGGCCCCCGCUGCACACUUUUAGUGAUUGUAACGAGAAGACAAAGUGAUUUUUGUGUGACCAAUCUUUGCACCUUCAGUUGUUGCCAUGUUGAAAGACUGAACCUCCCCCAUUGGCGGGAUUGUGUGUGUGUUUGAAAGCGUAAAGAGAUUAUGUCAAAGACACUCUAGGUUGUGUGGCUCGGAAAGACGUUUGACACUGGAUGAAAGACGGACGGACCCAAAAAAGUUCAUAUGCAACGCAACAACAAGAUGUCAGGCUCACAGACGGAGACAAAAAAAAGAUAACCACACCGGUUGGAACCUCCCAGUGGAUAUGAUGUUGCUUUCUCGUCAUUGUUGCCGUGGAAAUAACCCGUUUUUUCUCUCGUGGCUUGUGUUUCUUCUCCAGCAUAAUGUCAAGAAAAUCACACACAAAAAAAAAAAGACUUUGGACUUUAGAGGUUGUCCCCCUCCCCGUUUGAUUUUUAAAUGUUAAGCAGGGGGGGAGGCUGCCUCGUCUCUCUCUGUCGUCGCUCUUUGUAAAAUGUCGAAAAUCAGGUGUUUGCACAAUCUGCGCGGCGCCCCUCUCGUCCGAGAGCACCGCGAGUCAAAUCAGGAAAGUAUUGUUCUUAGAGAUUGUUUUAGUAGAAAAGACAAUAACUUUGUUCCACAUGUUAUCAAUGACCCCCCCCCCCCCCCCCCCCCCAAUCCCACCCCAAGCUGUACCUCUCUGAAAAGCGUUGUGAGAAAGUGCCCUUAAGCACUGGUCCCGGGUCAAGCGCUAUGUAGCUCAGGAUGGUUCUGGUUAGGGUUAGUUCAGGGAAAGCAGAUCCUAGACCAGCCCUGGAGGGCAGUCGUCUCUGGAGCCCUCCCCCUACUUCCUUCCCUCGCUUCUCGACACUUUAACCUUUCCCAUCAAAUGGUGCAAUAGGACAUUUCUUUUUUUCUGGGAACGGGUGGGUUUGUUUUUUCUUUUUUUUUUUUAAUGGGGGGGGGGUCGGGAAGUACGGCACCCCCUGAGGGGACAUUGACAAAAAAAAUGAUGGCUGAAAAACUAAAAAAUCUUGCAAAACUGUAACAGUAUAGGACACACAUCAUAGCUUGGAAAUGCAUGGUUUCAUUUCCAUCUCCAGCAUUUCCACAUCCCAUACUGCACAACUGUAGCAGCAUAAAGUGAUACUGUACCUAUAGGAACAAGUUUACAAUUCUGUGAUGGUUAUUCAGCUGCUCUUUUGAAAACAAAAUGCUAACAUCCGGUCCUGGCUCAUAUUGCCGCAAACACGUCCCUUUGAGUACUGGUACUCGAAAGGAAAUACAUCGUUUUCUUUCACUGGUGUGUUUUUUUUUUCUGUGGAUUUUUCUGAGAUCUCGCAAUACCUUUUACGUUGUGAGGUCUCGCAAAACUGUUUACAUACCGAUGUUUACCAUACCAAUGUAUGGCUAAUAAAAUGUAUUUCCUUUUGAGUACCAGUACUCAAAGAGAUAUGUUUCCAGCAACACUAGCUAGGGCCGCAUGUUAGCAUUUUAUUUCCAAAAGACAAGGCGAAUAACCAUCACGGAAUUGAAAACUUGUUCCCAUAGAUACGGUAUUAUUUAAUACCUCUACAGUUGUACAAUAUGACCCGAUGUGUGUCCUGUAGCUAGCUCGCAAAACUUUUGCAAGAUUUUGCAAAAAUUCGUUUUUAUUUUUUCCUCCCAUCAAUUUUGUGUUUCUCCAUGUCCCCUCGGGGGCUCCGUGGGGAGGACGGCUGAGUGCCAUAGGUUGCGGAUGAGAAAGAAAUGAAUCAUUGUUGGAGAGAGAGAGAGUAUAACGUACUAAAAGUCACAUUUUGAAUAGCACUUUGCUUCCCUGGUGAAGAGUUGGGAGGGGUAGUUCUUAUGAUGUUGAUGAUGUUGGGCAUCUCUUAUACUUCUCUGUAAACUGUUGGAUGUGUGAAAAAAAUAUAUAUAUAUAUCUAUUCAGCGUUUUUUUCCAUAUAUGUGCAUUUAGGUCUGUGUUUGGGUGUGCGUGUACGUUUUUGGCACAUGCAGCUAGCUCAUAGUAAACAUGACCAACAACCACUCGUCCUAUCGUCACACAGCAACAUUAACAAUAGUCUAUUUUUCAUUUUCAUACUCCACUCUAGAGACAGUAUUUUUAUAGUCAUCGCGACUAUUUUGUCCACCAUGUUGACUGUUAUGGGUUCCAUUCAGGAUAUAUAUAUAUAUAUAUAUAUACUAUAUAUAUGACAUACGUAUAUCUUCAGGCGAUUUCCAAUAAAACAGGUAUAAAGCAGACUAUCACAUCCCUAAGGGGUCAGUCAGGGCUGCCAUGUGUCCCAUCUGCAUGCGUGUGCAAUGGCAUGCAAGCGUGCAAACACCCACACAGACGUAUGUGCAUACACAUACACACAUGUGCGUGUGUACGGUAUGAUUGUGCUUCAAAAGGAAUUUGUUCUUACAUUGGAGAAGGAAUUUUAGGAUGAGUGAGGUGAGUGUGAACUCAUAAGCAGGCAUGAUGACCAUGUGCAAUAUUUCUAAAUGACAACAAAAAAAACCUAAAUAUUAAAGAUCUAACACAUUGGCCGACGUUGUGGACUCUACUUACAUUUGGUGGUGUUUGUCUAAUUGUUUUAUCUAUUCACUCAUACAAAACAGGGUUAUUUUUCAGAAGGACAAAUCUUGUCACGUUUUAAUCUCACGAAAAUGUGGUAACACCGCUAGUGGGUGUUUAUUAUUCACCAUAAUUGUCCUAUGCGUGUCAACAACAUGUUAGUUUAUGCUGUCAUUGUGUUUGCACCAUGAUUGUAUUGAAGUGCCUCAGGCCAGCUUU